AACGUCUGAUUAAGCGUAGAGCCAGGACUCUUUAAAUUCACUAUGUCUAAGAAAUACGUCAAGAUUCUGGUGUGGAUGCUAGUUGUCUCUUCACUAACAUUCAAGAGCAGCAGCUUUGUGCACAACAAAAGGAAGACAGCGCUGCUGCAAGGGGACAUCCUCAUCGGUGCUCUCGUGCCUUUACACUAUCCGCCCGAUGAGUUUGUGAGAGCGCAGACUUGUGGAGAGAUUCGAGAGCACUACGGCAUCCAGCGCGUCGAGGCAGCGUUCCUCGCGGUUGACGAGAUCAACCGCAACCCCGACCUGCUGCCCAACAUCACCCUGGGCAUCGAGAUCAGGGACUCCUGCUGGUGCUCCUCCAUCGCCCUCGAGCAGAGUUUGGAAUUCAUCCGCAAUGCCAUAUCAGACUCGGACAGCUGCGGAGGCAGCGGCGGGCUCGACGACUCCAGGGACUUCAUCCGACCGAACUGCAAGAAGAACAUCGUCGGGGUUAUUGGCCCCGCGUCUUCCGAAGCAACGAUACAGGUUCAAAAUCUACUGAAGCUAUUUAAUAUCCCGCAAGUUGGCUACUCGGCGACUUCUUCAUAUUUGAGCAAUAAAAAUAGAUUUUCCGAUUUCCUGCGAGUGGUUCCAUCUGAUUACUACCAAGCCCAAGUCAUGGUUGACAUCGUUCACUAUUACAACUGGACAUACGUCUCGACGGUCUACACUGAUGCCAAUGCAAAACUCGAGGAACCCUUGGUUCGAAGAAUUCUGGCAGCACAAAUUCAAAUGCUCACUCCCGGUCAAGGAGACAUUAGAGGGCUUGCCGCCGUGCACUGGCGCCAGCCUGAGCAGUUAACCAGCGCGCUGGCAACCUGCUUUCACUGGUUGCAUACCCUAAUGUCGGAGAACUCAACCGACGCGUUACAUCGCGGAGCGCUUAUCAACUACUGCGGGGGCCUUACCAAGACUCACUUGAUGAACGUAACAUAUCAAUUCCACAACGAUACGGUUUCGUUUGAUGCUAACGGAGACCCCCCAGGCAGGUACGAAAUAUUGAAUUUCCAACGCUUCAAUAACGGAUCGUACGGAUACGUAAGGAUCGGCACUUGGGAUAACGGCACUCUCGAAAUGCAGCAAGGAACCGUCAUGUUCAACAGCCUCAAUGGCCUGCCACCCACGUCUGUGUGUUCCAGUCCUUGUGCCGCUGGUACAGCCAAGUCUUUCCAAAAAACCGGAGAGAAGAUCAAGACGUGCUGUUGGACGUGUCUCGAAUGCGAAGACUCCAAGUAUCUGUUCAAUGAAACCACGUGCUCCGAGUGCCAGCCUUACUUCUGGCCAAAUGUCAACAAAACCGGCUGCGAAGAGAUCAUGGUUGAGCAUCUCUCUUGGGGCGACGACCAGGUCAUUGCGCUGGUUUUGGCUGCGCGGGUUUUGGCUGCGCUGGGAUUUUUGACGACCGCUAUUACGAUGGCUGUCUUUAUCCACUACAACCAAACUCCAGUCGUCAAGGCAUCGACUCGCGAGCUGUCGUACAUAAUUUUCGUGGGCAUGAUGAUGUCGUACUCCUCGUCCCUCGCAUUCCUGGCCCCGCCGUCGACUACCUCUUGCAUCGCGGCUCGCCUCCUGCCCGGCCUCUCGUUCUCCAUGAUCUACGCGCCGCUUUUGAUAAAAACCAUCAGAAUUGCUCGCAUUUUUACCGGCAGCAAGAAGUUUAUGGUCCAAAAACCGAGAUUUAUGUCAACCUUUGUCCAAGUGGUGAUAACACUCAUCUUGAUCUUCGUCGAAGUCGUCAUCAUCGUCGCUAUGUUUAUUUCGGAGCCUCCUGGGACCGAGCGACAACAAGUGCGCGAUCGGGUGAUGCUGGAGUGCAACGCGUCCACUUUAAGCAUCACGGUUCCUCUGGCCUGGGACUUCAUUCUUGUGAUGAUGUGUACACUUUACGCCGUCAUGACCCGAAACUUGCCUGAGAAUUUCAAUGAAGCAAAGUUAAUUGGUUUCUCCAUGUACACGACCUGCGUGAUAUGGCUAGCGUGGGUUUCGAUCUACUUCGGCAGCAACCACAAGAUUAUCUGCAUGAGCGUCUGUACGUCGCUCAGCGCACUCGUCACUCUCAUCCUACUCUUCUUCCCGAAGAUCUACAUCAUAGUAUUCAGGCCGCAGCUCAACAUUCGACCAGUAACGACUAUGGAGGUCCGUGUCCAUAUUGGUUCAAAUAAGUCCUUGGGGGAAGUGGACAGAAAUGUACCUAAGAAACCAGCGGGGAGUUUCAAAGGAGUAGCGACAAUCUUGAAAGCAGGCCACUUACUGCGGCAUCCAAUCAUGACGCGCCUCAAAAGCGCACUGCACACGCCGGUCUCAGGUCCCAACGCUGGGCGACUGCAUCCCGACUUCGCCUCUUCGCCGAAAGCGGCGAAGACCAGAGGUGCCCUCAAACAAGAGGUGCCCGAAAGAUACUGACUGAAGCUCCAAGGCCGCAGCCACAUCAUUGCAACUGCCGGCGCCAGUCUUCCUCUACUCAUCAAAUGCCUUUACCAAAUUCCAUUUGUUCGGCUGCGUUAAAUGUUCUGUUUAUUUAAUAUUAUCAUAUCAAAACAGGUAUCCAGAGCAAUAGUAAAAUGGAGCCAUAGCGAACUUCAACUGCUAUCAUAAGGUGCGAUUGCGUGCAUUCUUACCGGAACAUGAUUUCUGAGUUGAGAACAUUCUGAGCUUCCAAAAGAAGUUUAAAGCAGGCUUGUGCCGGGAUAAAUCCCAGCAUUACCAUUAGUAUUAGUUUUAAUGUUUUUUUAGUCUCCGCGUACACGGACAUACGCGUUUCGGGUUACUCUCGAAAUUUUGGCGGUUUAAGAAGCGUCGAUGGCUUCCCUGUUACCGGGAUAAACAAAAAAAACGGGACACUUAGGGAAAUCAAAAGCGUGAGUAAUUUUAUUGUGACUUAUCCUUUUUAUGUUCUAAAAGUAUACUCAUAUCAAAUUGUUUGUAAUGUGUCUCCGCAAACUCGUUUCUACCAAACAUUAAAUUGAUAGAAUCCUCCAGUGGCCAGUAACCCAACUUGUCCUAUGCAGUAUUAAUAAUUAGCAUGUGACCUGUAUUUUAUACUAAUUCUGGUGUUAAGUUCUCAUGAUAACACGAAUGUAAGUUAGUCACUUCCUGAUGACUUUGCAUCAUUUUAUGUGUAAAUUUUACCUGAUUUAUCAGUGAUAUGAGCAGGGAUGUUCAAGUAUUAUUUACUGGUACAUGAUUUUCUAUCUCAUCAUAAUUCAUAACGCAGUCUGAAAACUAUGUGCCGCAUCAAUAAGGCAUCAUUGAAUCCAGUUAAACUCUCUUGAAUGAUCUUGAUAUAUCGUCAUUUCAUAGCAGUUUCAUAGUUAUUGAUAUAUCGUCAUUUCAUAGCAUUUCAUAGCAGUUCAUUUCGUCAUAGCAGUUGUAUGUUUCCUUUUUCUGAAACUGAUUUUUUAGCUAAUUGCAACCAUAAUAAACACUACACGUGUAGUGUAGUGUUCACUACACGUGAUUGUGCGAAUUAAUCUUAUUGCCUAUGAUUUAUGAAUCAAUUACUAUUUUUAAUUUCCUUUCGCGUAACUUAACCAUGCAGUUGCACUGCAUAACCCAGAGCGGAACUUUUCCUUGACAAAAUAUUUUCAUGUUUGUGUUAUAGUCCUAGGUAGAAAUCAGAGUACAUUUUCGAGCGUUUUAAAUUGCUCAGUUGUUGCCGAUUAACGCUCAGAAGAAUUAACCUUAAGGCUAAUAUACAGUAACUAUAAGUUCUGCCUUC